CGGCACCUCGUGACUCGAUAUCCUGCGACCGAGUGGCCUAAGCAGCUUGCGGAGGGCAAGAACCCACGGAAGCGCUACCCGAAGUACGACACGUCGACCAAGGAGAAGGCAACGGAGUCGUUCUUGAAGGUUUGCGACUACCUUGUCGAAGAGGCCGUAGCAGAGCUGCCGGGGAGUUUCGAGAUGCCGCCGAAGGAGGUCGCGUGGGUGCGCAGGAUGUUGGAUUACAAUGUCAAGGGUGGGAAGAUGAACCGCGGCCUGAUGGUGGUUGGCAGCGGCGAACUGCUCCUGCAGCAUCAUGGGGAGGAACCGGACAGCGACACACUGACCAAGCUGGCUGUGCUGGGCUGGUGCAUCGAGUGGCUUCAGGCCUGGCUCCUUGUAGCGGACGACAUCAUGGACGAUUCCCAGACUCGCCGGGGACAACCCUGCUGGUACAAGAACGAAGACGUGGGAAAGAUCGGAAUCAACGACGCGUUUAUGAUCGAGAUGUUUGUCUACCGGACGCUGAAGCGCCACUUCUGGCAGGAGCCGUAUUACCACCAGCUCGUGGACCUCUUCAUGGAGACGACUUUCCAGACCGAGUGUGGACAGCUCCUGGACCUGCUGUGCACCAACAUUACCCUCGAAGAUUUCACAGAGGACAGGUGGACUCUCAUCGUCAAGUACAAGACUGCGUUCUACUCCUUCUAUUGCUCGGUGGCUCUGGGUAUGCUGGUUUCUGGCAUCGUUCGCAAGGAGGCAUUCGACGUGGCUAGGGAGCCCCUCCUGAAGAUGGGCAUUUACUUCCAGGCGCAAGACGACUUCUUGGAUGCGUUUGGUACCCCGGAGCAGAUCGGAAAGAUCGGCACUGACAUUCAGGACAAGAAGUGCGGCUGGCUCUUCGUGAAGGCAUUCAACAAGCUCGCGAGCCCAGAGCAGAAGAAGUACCUCGAGAAGCACUACGGGAACUGCAAGAUCGACUCGGUGGAGGAGAAGGAGAUCAAGAAGAUGUACAAGGAUCUGAAGCUCGAGAAGCUCUACGAGGACUACGAGCAGCAGUCCUACGACGAGAUCAUGGCCAUGAAACCCAUGGUCGAGGCGGCAGGCCUACCCUGGGCCGUGUUCGACAUGUUCCUGAAGAAGGUCUACAAGCGCCAGAA